AUGGUCACAGAAAGGGGUCCCCACACUGAGUCCUGUGGCAGUAUCAGGGUUUUACUUACUUACUUACUUAUUUUCUUUUUUUUAAACUCUGCAUCCUGCUCUGAUCUUUCAGCGAGAGUGUCUCGAGAAAUCCAGGUCUCUGAAGUCACUGAGAACAGUGCCAGACUCCACUGGGAGCGACCCGAGCCCUCUACUUCCUAUUUUUAUGACCUCACUGUGACCUCAGCCCAGGACCAGUCCUUGGUUCUGAGACAAAACCUCACUGUCACUGACCGUGUCAUUGGUGGCUUGCUGGCUGGACAGAUGUACCACGUGGUUGUGGUCUCCUACCUGCAGUCUCAGGUCAGAGCCAUCUACCAAGGAAGUUUCAGUACAAAGAGGACUCAGCCUCCACCUCUUCAGUCAGCACGGUCAGUGUCCAGUUCAGCCAUCAAUCUAAUGGUGAACACAGAACCAUUGUUUCUUACUAAGGCAGAUAUUUGUAAGAUGCCCAGUGAUUCCGGAACUUGUAAAGACUAUAAGUUACUGUGGUACUACGACCUAGAAGAGAAAGGUUGCAAGAGAUUCUGGUAUGGAGGUUGUGGGGGCAAUGAGAACAGAUUCCAGGCACAGGAAGAAUGUGAAAAGAUGUGCAGUCCUGGUAAGUAG